GCACAACUUUUGAUAACGUACUGAAUCACAGUCGAAAAAGAACAGUAAUAAGGCGGAACAGUUGCACAUCGAACAACACUUUGGACGUUUUCUGUCAGAACUUUGUUACUUUAGUGUUAACCAAAGUAUAAGUAACGAUGAGCUCUACUAAGUGCCUGAAAGUAUACCUUGUGAACAAUCACGCAAUCGAGCCAUCCAAUGUGAUAGAAGUGCGUAGGGUCGAUAUUUAUGAAACGGAUUUCAAUAAUUUCUGUAAGAGACUGCCGAUCAUAUUCCAAAAUUUGAAUGACGAAAAAUUUAUCGUCACCUGGAAAGAUAAAGACAAUGAUAUUAUUACUGUAGAUACCAAUUAUGAAUUUGGAAUUGCUUUAAAUGAGAUGCCUAUUGGCAAGACAAACCUCUAUAUAUUCUACAUUUUGCUGCAACCAAAGCAAGACACGAUAGACAUGUUGAAGAUAAAAGAAAUACUACAUUCCGAUGUGACAUGUAACAUGUGUAAGAAAUGUGUACAUGGUUUUCGCUUUAAAUGCAUACAAUGUGUAAAUUAUGACUUAUGCACUGAUUGUAUGCUGCUCGCUAAUCAUCAUGAGCAUUAUAUGAUCCGUAUAACGCAACCGUUCAAGUUACCAAACAAUUGUCUUACGCAUUAUAUGCACAAUUUCAUGAAGAAAGCAGUGCAAAAUUGCAAAGAAAACGAAUGUAGUAGAUGCUUAUACAAAAGCCAGCAAACUGACAAUCCGGGAUUGACCUCAGAUGAUGAAAUUGAUGAGCAGAAGCAAACUGAGGAGCAGCAUAGGGAAUCGUUUGCUAAAGCUGAGACGGAGAAUUUUCAGGAGGAAGCAGCUAAAUAAUCUUUCUUGGAAUUGUUGAAGAUUGUUGAGGACAAUACCUCUAUUAUUUUUUAAUUUCUGCAGAGGUUUAGCAUCAAUGCUACUUUUUACAUUUAUUACGAUUUUGUCUUUAGAAAUUUAAA